UGAGAUUAUUGACCAAGUUUUAUGAUAUAUUUAUUCUAGUAGCUAGCUAUAUAAAUCACUCUAUUACAGUUUUAACUUACCUUGUGAUUCAUAAUUCAGUUCAUUUCUUAAUUGUAGACUUGUUAUCUCACUUCCAAUCUUGAUAUGAGUCAAUAAUAAUAAUAAUAAUAAUCUGGUCUUGAUCUUAGUGCAUGUUUCAAUCAGGGCGAGUUUGAUGAAAUCAUGAUGAUACUGUAAUUUUGUUUAAACUCUAUAAGUUUGGAUAAACUGUGAAUUUGUUGUAUAAACUCCAAAUCGUAGGUAAAAAUAUGUGAGAAAAUAUGUAUAAGCUCGUUUGUUGCAGUGGCUUUGUUCUUUCCUUCAGCGUUUAGCUGUUCACGUAUCCAUUUGAAAAGGACUUGUCUAAAUUGAUAAGAUUCUUAGUCGAGAGGAUUUCGGAGUCAUCUGACGAUCUGAGAGUGGAAAGGUUGCUAAUGGUAAAGAAACUAGUGCUGAAACAAACUAAGAUGAGAUAACUUAUUAAGCUCUUUUGACGACUCAACUGAAAAGGCUGUUAGCGAAGGGGCAGUCGAUGAUUAUUCUAAAGUUGAAAGCGAAUUAAAUGAUCUCAAAUAUGGAGACACAGACACCUGAAAUAGGAAGUACCAGCAGCGACGCUUCUAUCAGUCAGGCCAACAAAGAUGAAUCCAACUCCGUCAAUGAUGAAUUGAAUAGUGUAUUAAAUGUAAAUAAAUUGGACACAGGAGAGGUUGAUGCCGGAAGAAGUUCAUUUGGGAUUGAAGAGGAUCCUUCUCCUAUUGAUGACGGACAUUUGACAGUUUUGCAACAAAAGGAGAAAGAACUCAUUGAUGAAGUAACUGUAAGAAGUUCAGAAGUGGAACAUCUUGAACAAGAAUUGGAAAUGAUGAAAGCUGCAGCUGAAAUGGCAUUUAAUAACCAACAGUCUGUUGACUCCUACCUUGAGCAGUUGACUGAACAAAUACUUGCUAAAGGAAAUCACCUUUCGACUUUGGAGUUAGAAUGGGAUGCUAUAAGAAAACCCUUGGAAGAGAGAAAGAAAACUCUCGAGGAGUCUCUAUAUUCAAGCAGUCCAGAUGCACAUGUAAUGCUCCAAAAGUUGAGAGAAAUGCAGCAGGAAGAAAAGUCCAUUUCAUCUGAAAUUAGAAAGAGGGAGGAGGAACACUCAAAACUUCUUGCAGAUCUGGAAAAGCAGCAGAAAGUAGCAUCUAGGAAAUCCUAUACUCACCGUAUUGAGGAGAUUACAAAAAAUAGUCGCAAACAAGAUGCUGAUAUUGAGAGGAUCUUAAAAGAAACUAGGGAGGUUCAAUUGGAAAGUAAUUCUAUCCAUGAACGCUUGCAUCGGACAUAUGCUGUUGCUGACGAAAUGGUCUUUAGGGAAGCAAAGAAAGAUCCCACAGGACAGCAGGUUUAUAAGCUCCUGGUAAACAUCCAUAAAGGUUUCGAACAAAUAUCCGAGAAAAUUCUGGCAGCUGAUAGAAUUAGAAGAGAAGUAUCUGAAUAUGAAAUGAAACUGGCAGCCGCACCUUCCACUUCCAGAAGCUUAGAUUUGAGCAAGCUACAAUCUGAUCUUGAUGCCGUUAUUAUUAGGGAAGAUGACCCCCUGAAUAGCAGGCACAGUUGAGUGAAGCUGUUUACGCAACUCAUUAGAAAUUGACAAACACAACCUCAGAAGCUUAGAUAUGAGCAAUUUACAAGCGGGUCUUUCUGCCAUUGUCAGGGAAAAUGAAUAUCUUGAUCCACAGUUACAGGAUAGGUGAAAGUUAUUUUUCAACAAUAUAUUGGAAACAAAUAAAACAGUCAAUUGCCAACCCUGCCUUUUUUAGUCUUCAAAGUUGAUAGAAAAUAGAAAUACAUCAAGAAUUUUUAAUUCUUCGGAUUGUUUUAAUGGUUGAGUUUCAUGUUUGUUCUUGGAUUUGUCCAUUAUGUUUUAAAUUAGGCCUAGAUGUAUUGGAGGCGUGUAAUUGAGAUUUGUGAUAUCAGAGGAUUCAAAUUUGAUUUUUAUAUUCAUUUUUUUUUUAUGGAGGAUUCAAA